AUGCGGCGGUUUGGAUGCGUCCCCUUUGGGACGACCUGUUGGUACGACCUGUGGGACGACCUGUGGCAGCGACCGAUGCCGUCACCGGACGCGGCGGCGAGGCACACGGGCGCCGGCGUGGCGCGUCGGCAGGCCCACCACGAGCGGAUGCGCGACGAGCGCGCUCGGGAAGCGGCCGCGGGCGACGCGGAGCUUCCGCCGGAGGACGACGCGGUCGAGAUGGCGAGCGCCGCCCAGCUGCUGGACAGCGUGGCGGAGGUGGGCCCGAACUACACCCUGCUGCGCAGCAAGGAGACGAAGGCGAAGCGGCGGAAGCGACAGCGCGAGGAUGCCAGGGCGGCGCUCGACGGCCACACUGUCCUGUCCACCGGAUCGCGCCUCGAGAUCUUCUGCGACAGUGAGCGGUGGUACCCUGCGACCGUCAUGGCGCGGGAGGAGGACGGGGACGGACGGAUCGCGCACCAGGUCGAGUACGACGGCUACCCGGAUCGGCGGUGGUGGCACAUGCUGGACGACGAGCGCGCGCUGGCGGACGCCCUCGAGGCGGAGGAUGACGAGCGGCAGGAGGAGGCCGCGUGCGGCGAUGGGCGGCCGAUGCUAGCGCCACACGGGCCGGCGCUGUCAGUGCAGCUUCGGCGCGUGCGCCUGCGGCUGCGCGAGUUCCUGGCGACGCAGGCCGCGGCGGGGAAGAGCGUGCCGAUGCAGCGGACGGCCCUCGGUCUGCACCCGACGGUGCGGUGGACGAUCCGCUUCGGCAAGUGGCUGGCGACGACGCGAAUCACCGCGCCGAGGGCGAGCCGGUGGCACGCGACCGAGCGGGGCGACGCGCGGGACGAGGAGCCGACGGUGCGCACGGGGCGCGGCGAGAACACGGUCUACGUCGCGCUGCAGCACAUGAAGAACCACGUGUGGCGCGAGAUCUGGCCGGCGAUGCCGGACGACGCGAGGCAGUACUGGCGGCUGGUGACCAAGCAGGUUACAUCUGCAAACACUAUUCUCGCGCCACCGCCCACCCUUCGUAGAUCGUACUGA